AUGUCCAUCCAUCCAUUCUUCGUUAACCAAACUCCUUUCCUCCCUUCGGGACCUGUCGCAUCUUCAUCCAAAAACACUAUCUACUCCAACCCAUCAUCUAUAUAUGCCUCUUCAUCAAACACACAUAGUCGAGCACAAUCAUCUGCAUCUAUCAAUACUUUGGCAUCGGUCGAAUCUACCACCUCCACUUCAUCUAUCUCAUCUACUUCUUCAUCAUUCUCGAGAUCGACACCCAUCGAUCGAGAAUGUUUACGAUGGAUGCAGCGUGAGUCAGAUUCGGAGCACAUCUUCGGGUCGAUCUCAAGUCGAGCCAACAGCCUCAGUGUGGAGGAACGAGAUGUCAGAAGACGAGCGAUGACAAUUGAGGUCGAAACUACCACACUGAGCGAGGGAGAACAAAGCGAAGAAUCGAAGAUCAGAGCAAUCAAAGCUGAAAGAAGGAAAGGCAGAGUUGGGAAGUGGCUCUGA